AUGGCCGCCGUUUACAAGUCGCUCUCGAAGAGCGCCAAGAAGGUCGAGGACACGGAGAACGACAACAACACCACCACCAAUGGCGGCUUCCGGAAGAACAAGCAGAGAGUUCUGAUUCUCUCGUCCAGAGGCGUUACCUACAGACACAGACAUCUCCUCAACGAUCUCGCAGCGAUGCUCCCCCACGGCCGCAAAGACGUCAAGUUCGAUUCCAAGUCCAAGCUUUACCAAUUGAACGAGCUUGCCGAGCUCUACAACUGCAACAACGUCAUGUUCUUCGAGGCGCGCAAGGGCAAGGAUCUGUACAUGUGGUUUAGCAAGGUCCCCAACGGCCCUACGGUCAAGUUCCACGCCCAAAACUUGCACACCAUGGAAGAGCUUCACUUCACAGGUAACUGCCUCAAGGGCUCGAGGCCACUCCUCUCCUUCGACCUCGCCUUCGAGCAAGAGCCGCACUACCGCGUCAUCAAGGAGGUGUUUUUGCAAAUGUUUGGCGUCCCCCAGGGCGCGCGCAAGUCAAAACCGUUUAUCGACCACGUCAUGAGCUUCAGCAUUGCCGACGGCAAGAUUUGGGUGCGCAACUACGAGAUCCGGGAGGUGGAGAAGGCCAAGGGCGAGAAGGACAGCGAAGGAAACGACAUUGUCCCCGAGAGCGACAAGUCAUCAUCGAAAAAGAGAAAGGGCGCGCCCAACGCGGAGCUCAAGGACACAGACGUCAGCCUGGUUGAGAUCGGACCUCGGUUCGUCCUAACGCCCAUCAUCAUACAGGAGGGCGCGUUCGGCGGCCCUAUCAUUUACGAGAACAAGCGCUUUAUCUCGCCCAACCAGGUGCGCUCGGAGCUGCGCAAGGCCAAGGCGACCAGGCACAACGCCAGGGUGGAGCAGGUCAAGGAGAGGCUCGGCAAGCUCGAGACCCUCACGGCCCAGGCGAAGAAGGAGAAGGAUGUCUUGGAUACCCGGGAGCUCUUUGCUUAG